AGAAAAAUGAAAAAUUCAAAAGCACUGUGUUUAAUAUUUCUUAUUAUAAAACUUUUAAAAAAUAUCUAAAAUUUUUGGGACAGUAUCCAAAUCAAUCACGAUGGAAUAAGGAAUUUAAUACAAAUGUGAUGAUAUGCAGUUUAAUAAGUUUUUUAAUUCCAGGGCUGUUACGAGUUUACACAUCAAUUGUAGAAAAGAACUUGAAUGCUUUGAUGGAAAUUAUACCCAUAGUGUUUGCCACAAUAAGUUGUGCAAUAAAAUUGCUAAAUCAUAGAAUUAAUAAGAAAAAUUUUGAUAAAUUGUUCGAUCUUAUGUCAGAAGAAUGGGAAAUGAAAAAUGAUAAAAAUCAAACAUGUAUUCUUGAUGAAUUUACUAAACAGGGAAAUAAAUUUGCCGAAAUAUAUAAAAAUGUUUUAUUGUCAGCUUUGCUACUAUUUUUAUUACUUCCAUUGUUUCCUUCGUUUUUGGAUAUUGUUUUCCCGCUUAAUAAAACUCGCCAACAAUUACAAAUAUUUAAAAUGAAAUAUUUCGUAAACGAAGAUCAAUACUUUUAUCCUAUUUAUUUCCAUUCAGUUUGGGGUUCAUUUGUAAUUAUAAUGAUUACUGUCACUAUAGAUUCAUUAUAUAUGCUUAUCAUACAUCAUGCUUCCGGUUUAUUUGCUAUGUACGGGUAUCAGAUUGCAAAAGCAACAGAAUGCAAUGAUAUAGACAUAAAUGAAAAUGAAUUGUUUAGACAAUGUGUGAUCAUGCAUAACAAAGCCUACAAAUUUUUCGAGAUAAUGAAUAAAAGCAGUCGUAAUAGUUAUUUCCUCCAAUUAUUAUUAACUAUAAUCGGCAUUAGCAUAACAGCUGUACAAAUCGUUAUGUAUCUGCAUAAACCUGAAGAAGCUUUCAGAAUUAGUUUAUUUCUUAUAGCUGCACAAUUUCAUUUAUUUAUUAUUACUCUAACUGGACAAGUGAUUGCGGAUCAAAGUUCAAAAUUAGCCAAUAAUAUAUAUUGUACAACAUGGUAUCAAAUGCCUCCAAAUAUUCAAAAAAUAUUUCAUAUAAUACAAAUAAAAUCUAGUAAACCAUGUAAAUUAAGUGCAGGAGGAAUAUUGGAAUUGAAUAUCGAGAAUUUUGGAAUAGUACGUAAUAUUGCAUUGAAAACAUUAUUUCAGAAAACAGGAAGAGAGUAUUCUAAUAUAUUCGACAUUCCUUACUAUAAAGUUCUCAAGAAAUAUUUACAAUUUUUGGGACAAGAUCCAUAUCAAGAAUGUAAAUACAGAAAUAUUAUUACAAUUAUUAUGUUAAUUAGCAUGAUAGCUAUAUUUAUACCAACGACAUUUGAAAUAUAUGUAUCAAUACAUGAUAAAAAUACGGAUGCAGUAAUGGAAUGUUUGCCGAAUUUAUGUGCAAGUAUGAGCAGUGUUGUUAAAAUAUUGAAUAUAUAUUUCAAUAGAGAAAAUUUUAAUAAACUAUUAAAAUUUGUGGUGAAAGAAUGGGAGGAGCUGAAAUUAAAUGAAUUGCAUAUUUUAGAAGAAAUCACUAUUCAGGGUAGUAAAAUAGCGCACUUAUAUCGCAAUACUUUAUUGUCUUUUUUGAUAUUGUUUUUACUUGUUCCUAUGUACUUUCCUAUUCUGGAUAUAAUUGAUGCAUUAAAUCAAACUCGAUCACGACAACAACUACUUAGAGUCAAUUAUAUGCUUUUUAACGCUGAUGAUUACUUUUUCUAUGUGUAUUUGCAAUUAGCUUGGGGUGCAAUUGUUAUCGUAAUGAUUGUAAUUACCGUAGACUCUUUAUCUAUAAUUAUAAUUCAUCAUAUAUGUGGAUUAUUCGCAGUGUGUAGCUACAAAAUCCAAAAAACAAUAAAAGAUUUGACAGUAUUUGCUAAUACUGAAAAGUGCUCAUAUAAAGAAUUAGAAAAUUGCGUGAUGAAGCACAAGAAAGCAAUCAAAUUUUAUAAUAUUCUGAAUAAUAGUAGUCAACUGAGUUAUUUGCUUCAAAUUGGAAUAAAUAUAAUGGGUAUAAGCACGACAGCUUUUCAAUUAGCCGUCAAUUUAGAUACGAGACCACAAGAAGCAAUCAGAAACGCUGUAUUUUGUGGAGCCAAUCAAUUUCAUUUAUUUGUGCUUAGCUUACCUGGACAGAUACUUCUUGAUCAUUGUGCCGAACUUUCCAAUACAAUAUAUUGUUCUAUGUGGUAUAAAUUACCAGUAAAAAUUCAAAAAAUGUUUAACAUAAUGUUAAUGAGAAGUAAAAAAUCAUGCGCGUUAACGGUAUACGGAUUGUACGAAUUGAAUAUGGAAAACUUUGGAACAGUAUGUACUAUAACAUUUUUAGCUUGGGGAUCAAUUAUUGUUGUACUGACUAUAAUCGCUGCUGAUUGGUUCUAUAUUCUUAUAAUUCACUUUAACAGUGGAUUAUUUGCGGUGUGUGGAGUUCAAGUUCUAGAAGCAACAAUGAAUUCGAAUUUAAUUUCUAAAGAUGCGUUUUCUGAAAAUUCAUCAUAUGAAAAAUUUAGAACUUGUGUAAUCAUGCAUAAUGAAGUUAUAGAGUUUUACAAUAUUUUGAAUGAAAACUGUCAGUAUAGUUAUUUAAUUCAGGUUGGAUUAAAUAUGCUGGGCAUGAGUACGACAGCCGUUCAAACAGUUAUAAAUUUAGACAGACCGGAUGUAGCAAUUAGAAGCGCUGUAUUUUUUGGUGCCGAUCAGUUUCAUUUGUUUUUGCUCAGUCUACCUGGACAAAUACUUUUGGAUCAUUGUGCUGAUUUUGAAAAUACUAUAUAUGAUUCCACAUGGUAUGGAACAUCAUUGGAAAUUCAAAAAAUGCUUUAUAUGAUGCAAAUAAGAAGUAAAAAGCUAUGUGCAUUAACUGCAGGUGGAUUAUAUGAUAUGAAUAUUGAAAACUUCGGAAUAACUUUUAAAACAUGUAUGUCAUACUUCACGAUGAUAAUGUCGUUGAAAUAAUGAUUCUACGAUGUUCAUAAAAAAUAUAUGCCAAAUCUAUUAUAUUUUUUAUCCAGAUUAAUUGAGGAUACGAAUAAUAGUAGAAAUAAUUAAUAUGUAUUGUUAAUAUUAAGUAGCAAAACAUCAUAACAAAUUUUGUCGAACACAUAAAUAAAACAAAAUGUUGUAAUAUUGUAAUGUAUAAAAAAUAUUAUAAAUCUUACCAAAAUUACGAAU